ACUGCAAGAUAUUGAGCUCUAAUGAAACCUUAUAACGACUUCAAAAUAGAAGAAGAAGAAGAAGAAGAGAAGAAGCAUAAAUAUAUGGAUACAAUGAAAACGGCGAAUCUCCUUCUAUCCCUUUCAUUGGGGUCGCAUGUGAUCGGAAAGCCGCGCAAUAAGACAAAGAGAUCGAGCACUGCAGCCGCCGCCGCCGACGGUGUCUUCGAGUGCAAGACCUGCAGCCGCCGCUUCGCGACGUUCCAGGCCCUCGGUGGCCACCGCACGAGCCACAACCGCGCUCGGUCCCGACCCGACGGUUUGAGCCUGAGCCCGCGAGACGCGUCCAAGGCGAGGGUCCAUGCGUGCGCGCUUUGCGGUGCCGGGUUUGCGAUGGGGCAGGCGCUCGGCGGGCACAUGCGCCGUCACCGGGCGACCGAAGUGGCAGAUCUUAUCGGAAAAAAUAGUGCUAUGGAGAAGGUUGUGAACUUGAAUGAGAGUUCUUUGGAGGCUGGUUGUAGCGGGGGCUCCGAGUAUCGCUUGUUGGAGUUGUUCGUGUAGUAAAAUCAUUAGCUAGUGUUUUAGUUUCUGCAUAUAUGAAACAUAGAGAUUUGUUGAUUCUUUCUUCGUGAUAUAUUUUCAGAUUUUGUUUUUUUAUAUGCAUUAUCUUUUAGUAUGGUUCACGGUGUAAGUAUUGAUCUCAUUAUAGAUGUUGAUUAAUAGUUAUGAGCUUUUUUUAA